CACGGUUUAAUUGUUCACCACAAGACUAGUAAUAUGCGCUUACAAAGAAAAUGGGGUCAGUUUUGAUUUCAUGACGACUUUAAGCAUUUUCUGGAUGGUCAUUUCAGCUGCAUUUUCAGCAUUUGAAUGGUGCUGGGAGGGAAAAACAUCCAUACUUGUUCAAUGUAUUAUAUACAUUUUGAUGCAAAUAUUAAUUUUUCUACUGCUAGAUUCAAUAUUUUGAAUCUUAAACUUAAUUUAAAUUAUUUAAUAUUUAAAACGUUAAUAAUAGUUCAUUUAAAGUUAAUAUGUAAAUGUGUAAAUAUUAGUUUAUUAUUGUGUCAACUAGGGAAUAAAUAGCCAUAAUUAGUCUAAUGAAAUUAACCCAAUUUCUUUGAAUUACAUUUCCGUAAAUUCCUUUUCCAUGUCAUCCCAAUUCAAAUUCCAAUUUCCAGAUAGGAAAUCAAUAACACGUUCAACUUUCACCUUCACACUUCUUGUUUAACCUGUUGAAUGUAUUGUGAGAACAAUGCUGACGCAAAUGAUGAAUCUAGAUCGAGCACAAUCUUCCGGAAGCAUCUUUGAUGGUUUCUGUGCAUGUCCCCAUUCACGUUUCUGAGAAUAUUCUCAAGCUUUCUCAGCUGCAAGCGCAAAAUGGUUUCUACUAUUUGUUAACUAGGUCACCAGAACAAGUCGGCUCACAAGCAACUGACACACGUUUGAUACUUCAAAGGAAAAUAUGGAGCUGCAAAAAUCAAUUCAUGUAAUAUUUUGCAGGAUCCUCAACUGCUGCAGGAGAAGCUAGUGGAUUUCAAGUGUCACUCAUGUUGUGUCUUUGAGGUAAUUAAUUUGUGUCACUCAACUGCCUGUUGCCCUCCUGCGGGGAGAUUACUUUAGCUUAAUUUCACAGAUGCAGAAAGGUCUAGGUAAGAAUGAUUAAGUGAAAGAGAAGUAAGCUGGGCUAUGCUAUAUAUGCCCCUCUGCUAUUGUUGAUUUUGUUGCACUGAUGAAGAUGGGACAGACUGCAACCUUACCCUGUAGAAAAGGUGGUACCUACGUCACCGAGCUUUAUGAAUGGUUCAGGAAAUUCCUGAACGAGUGUCCCAGUGGACUGAUCACUCUCCAUGAGUUCCGACGUCACUUCUGCAAUGGAACCGUGGGAAAAGAGUCAGCGGAGUAUGCAGAGCAGAUAUUCCGCACGCUAGAUAACAAUGGGGAUGGAGUUGUGGACUUCAGAGAAUAUGUGACAGCUAUCAGCAUGUUGAUUGAGGGCACGACGGUGGAGAAACUGCGCUGGUCCUUCAAACUCUAUGACAAAGACAAAGAUGGAGCCAUUACACGGUCAGAGAUGCUUGAAAUCAUGCAGGCUGUGUACAAGAUGAGCGUUGCAGCAUCACUGACCAAACCUAAUCCUCUGACUGCUGAAGAGUGCACCAAUAGGAUAUUUGUACGACUGGACAAAGAUAACAAUGCCAUAAUUAGCCAAGAGGAAUUCAUUGAAGGCGCACUGAAUGACGAAUGGAUCAGAGAGAUGUUGGAGUGUGAUCCAAACACAGUGAAGAUGGAGAGGCCUCUCAAAGGCCAUGCAGUACUGUAAAGCUGUGGCUCUAUUAUCCAUGGCUGUUGGUGCAGCAUUGACUGUGAUGGGGCUGUUAUGAAUGCCUUAAAGAUGAGAAGUUCAUAUUAUGCAUUAUUCAGUAUAUUUAGUUUUAAUUAAUGUAGAUCUAUAAAUGAACACAAUCGAUGACACUCAAAUUACUUCGACUUCUAAUAUUUUUUCGAUGUAUGUUACAUGUAUAUUUAUGUCAUUGAUUUCCAAUACUGAAAUAAUGGCUGAACAAACACCAAAUCAUUAUUUAUCUUUUUUGAUCAAAUCAUUACAUAUCUUUUCUUUUCAAUGUGAAUUUACAAAGGACAUCUAAAUAGAAAAAUAUUAGG